AUGAAAUCGACCGCGCUCCUGCCGUUCUUGUGCGGGCUUGCAGUCGCGCUACCUGCUACUAUCAACCACGAUAGGGAGCCCGAUGCGCAUCACUUUGCCCCCCUGACGAGGAUACAUCCUUCGGCAAUCGAACAAGAUCUCGAGGCGCCCAUAGAUAACAGGCCACAAAACCCAUCAACUUCCGAUAUCCCGUCUGUGAUACUGGCCUCACACAAGCCCAUCCCAUCAACAUAUCUCCUGGGGCUGCCUAGGACCAACAACCAUUUGGACGAACCCGCUGCGCCAUCCGCACCAAAAUCAGCGCCUCCAAGUGACUUGGUCCACGAGCACGAAACGCAAACACAAACGCCAACUCAAACACACGCCGCUCACCCAUGUGUCUCCCAUCAGCAUGUUGAUAUCGCUGUCAUCUGCUUCGUGGCUAUGUGUCUUUUGGCAGUUGUAGUCGUCGAGGCGAAGGACUCCCUCUGGUCAUGUCGCACAGCCAACGACGCUGCCGACGGCGCCAUCCGCCUGGACACUGAAGCUGCUGUUUCGGCAAAGCAGUUAUCAGUUCAAGCAUGGGCUUACUCUGAUGGAGAUGAAAAUUCCAAAUAUGAGAAGACUCAGUUAUGA